CCCCCUCUACCUCUCCAGAGAGGCCGAAAGAGCGAGCGGCAGCGGCAGGAGCAGCUCGGCGGGCGCGUCCUCCCUCCGGUGCCACCGCGUCCCCUCGGCCGCAGCCACUGGACAUGGGGCUCCUCCAGGUGUUCGCCUUGGGUGUCGUAGCCCUGUGCGUAACCCGAGUGCGCGCCCAGGAACCCGAGUUCAGCUAUGGCUGUGCGGAAGGUAGCUGCUACCCUGCCACUGGAGACCUCCUCAUCGGCAGAGCCCAGAAGCUUUCUGUGACCUCGACGUGUGGAUUGCACAAGCCCGAGCCUUACUGUAUCGUCAGUCACCUGCAGGAGGACAAGAAAUGCUUCAUAUGCAAUUCCCAAGAACCUUAUCAUGACACCAUCAAUCCUGACAGCCAUCUCAUUGAAAAUGUGGUCACAACAUUUGCUCCAAACCGCCUUAAGAUUUGGUGGCAGUCUGAAAACGGCAUGGAAAAUGUAACUAUCCAACUGGAUUUGGAAGCAGAAUUCCAUUUCACUCAUCUCAUAAUGACUUUCAAGACAUUCCGUCCGGCGGCUAUGCUGAUUGAGCGGUCAUCUGACUUUGGGAAGACGUGGGGCGUGUACAGAUACUUUGCCUACGACUGUGAGAGCUCAUUCCCAGGGAUCCCGACCGGCCCCAUGAAGAACGUGGAUGACAUAAUCUGCGACUCUCGAUAUUCUGACAUUGAGCCCUCAACAGAAGGAGAGGUGAUAUUUCGUGCUUUAGACCCCGCUUUCAAAAUAGAAGAUCCUUACAGCCCAAGGAUACAGAAUCUGUUAAAAAUCACCAACUUGAGGAUCAAGUUUGUGAAGCUGCAUACUUUAGGAGAUAACCUUUUGGACUCCAGAAUGGAAAUCAGAGAAAAGUACUAUUAUGCCGUGUAUGACAUGGUGGUUCGUGGGAACUGCUUCUGCUACGGCCAUGCCAGCGAGUGCGCCCCGGUGGACGGAACCAACGAGGAUGUGGAAGGGAUGGUUCAUGGCCACUGCAUGUGCAGACAUAACACCAAGGGCUUGAACUGUGAACAGUGCAUGGAUUUCUACCAUGAUUUACCUUGGAGACCUGCUGAAGGUCGAAACAGCAAUGCGUGUAAAAAAUGUAACUGCCAUGAGCACUCCAGCUCAUGUCACUUCGACAUGGCGGUGUUCCUGGCCACUGGCAACGUCAGCGGGGGAGUGUGUGACGACUGUCAGCACAACACCAUGGGGCGCAGCUGCGAGCAGUGCAAGCCGUUCUACUACCAGCACCCCGAGAGGGACAUCCGAGACCCUGGUCUCUGCGAACCAUGUACGUGUGACCCCGCCGGCUCCCAGAAUGGAGGAAUCUGUGACAGCUACACUGAUUUCUCUGCUGGACUCAUUGCUGGCCAGUGUCGGUGCAAAUUGCACGUGGAAGGAGAACGUUGUGAUGUGUGUAAAGAAGGCUUCUAUGACCUAAGUGCCGAGGACCCAUAUGGCUGUAAAUCUUGUGCUUGCAAUCCUCUGGGAACCAUUCCUGGUGGGAAUCCUUGUGACUCUGAGACUGGCUACUGCUACUGUAAGCGUCUGGUGACAGGACAACGCUGUGACCAGUGUCUGCCACAGCACUGGGGCUUAAGCAAUGAUUUGGAUGGAUGUCGACCUUGUGACUGUGACCUUGGGGGAGCACUAAACAAUAGCUGCUCGGCGGAGUCUGGCCAGUGCUCCUGCCGGCCUCACAUGAUUGGGCGGCAGUGCAACGAGGUGGAAUCUGGCUACUACUUCACCACCCUGGAUCACUACAUCUACGAAGCUGAGGAUGCCAAUCUGGGGCCCGGAGUCAGUGUGGUGGAACGGCAGUACAUCCAGGACAGGACUCCCUCCUGGACAGGAGCUGGCUUCGUCCGAGUGCCUGAGGGGGCUUAUCUGGAGUUUUUCAUUGACAACAUCCCCUACUCCAUGGAGUACGACAUCCUAAUUCGCUAUGAGCCACAGCUGCCGGACCACUGGGAGAAGGCUGUCAUCACAGUCCAGCGACCUGGGAAGAUUCCAACCAGCAGCCGAUGUGGGAACACUGUUCCUGAUGAUGACAACCAGGUGGUGUCCUUAUCGCCAGGCUCAAGAUACGUCGUCCUCCCUCACCCAGUGUGCUUUGAGAAGGGGGUGAACUACACAGUGAGAUUGGAGCUCCCCCAGUAUACCUCGUCCGACAGCGAUGUGGAGAGCCCCUAUACACUCAUCGACUCGCUUGUUCUCAUGCCAUACUGUAAAUCCCUGGACAUCUUCACCCUCGGAGGCUCAGGAGAUGGGGAGGUCACCAACAGUGCCUGGGAAACCUUCCAGAGGUACCGGUGUCUGGAGAACAGCAGAAGCGUCGUGAAAACCCCCAUGACGGAUGUUUGCAGAAACAUGAUCUUCAGCAUCUCAGCCCUGAUACACCAGACGGGCCUGGCUUGUGAAUGUGACCCUCAGGGCUCCUUGAGUUCUGUGUGUGACCCCAACGGAGGCCAGUGCCACUGCCGGCCGAACGUGGUCGGAAGAACCUGUGACAGGUGUGCGCCAGGCACCUUUGGCUUUGGCCCCAGCGGCUGCAAACCUUGUGAAUGCCACCUGCAAGGAUCGGUCAAUGCCUUCUGUGACGCUGUCACUGGUCAGUGCCACUGCUUCCAGGGCGUGUAUGGACGACAGUGUGACCGAUGUUUACCUGGGUACUGGGGCUUUCCCAGCUGCCAGCCCUGCCAGUGUAACGGUCGUGCCGAUGACUGUGACUCUGUGACGGGGGAGUGCUUGAGCUGUCAGGACUACACCACGGGCCACAACUGUGAAAGGUGCUUGGAGGGUUACUAUGGCGACCCCAUCAUUGGGUCAGGAGAUCACUGCCGCCCUUGCCCGUGCCCAGAUGGCCCUGAUAGUGGACGCCAGUUUGCUGGGAGCUGUUACCAAGACCCCGUUACUCUCCAGCUUGAAUGUGUUUGUAAUCCUGGACACAUUGGCUCUAGAUGUGAAGAAUGUGCCUCGGGAUUCUUUGGUAACCCCUCAGAUGUUGGGGGAUCAUGUCAGCCUUGCCAGUGUCAUCACAACAUUGACACGACAGACCCAGAAGCCUGUGACAAGGAGACGGGGAGGUGCCUCAAGUGCCUGUACCACACAGAAGGGGACCAUUGCCAGCUCUGCCAGUAUGGAUAUUAUGGUGAUGCCCUCCGGCAAGACUGCAGAAAGUGUGUCUGCAAUUACCUGGGCACUGUGCAGGAGCACUGUAAUGGCUCCGACUGUCAGUGUGACAAAGUCACCGGUCAGUGCUUGUGCCUUCCUAAUGUAAUCGGACAGAACUGUGACCGCUGUGCACCCAACACCUGGCAGCUGGCCAGCGGGACCGGCUGUGAGCCAUGCAGCUGCAACACGGCUCAUUCCUUCGGACCAUCCUGUAACGAGUUCACGGGGCAGUGCCAGUGUAUGCCGGGCUUUGGAGGCCGUACCUGCAGCGAGUGCCAGGAGCUCUUCUGGGGAGACCCCGAGGUGGAGUGCCGAGCCUGUGACUGUGACCCCAGGGGCAUUGAGACGCCACAGUGUGACCAGACCACGGGCCAUUGUGUCUGCUUGGAGGGCGUUGAGGGUGCACGCUGUGACAAGUGUACCCGAGGGUACUCGGGUGUCUUCCCUGACUGCACACCCUGCCACCAGUGCUUUGCUCUCUGGGACGUGAUCGUCUCCGAGCUGACCAACAGGACCCACAGGUUCCUGGAGAAAGCCAAGGCCAUGAAGAUCAGCGGUGUGAUCGGGCCUUACCGGGAGACCGUGGACUCAGUGGAGAAGAAAAUCAACGAGAUAAAAGACAUUCUGGCCCAGAGCCCAGCAGCAGAACCGCUAAAAAACAUUGGAAAUCUCUUUGAGGAAGCAGAGAAGCUAACCAAAGAUGUUACCGAAAAGAUGGCUCAGGUAGAAGUGAAAUUAUCAGAAACUGUUUCGCAAAGCAACAGCAGCGCUGGAGAGCUGGACACGCUGCAGGCGGAGGCAGAAAGCCUGGAGCGCACUGUGAAGGAGCUUGCGGAGCAGCUGGAGUUCAUCAAAAACUCAGACAUUCAGGGCGCCUUGGAUAGUAUUACCAAGUAUUUCCAGAUCUCUCUGGAGGCAGAAAAGAGGGUAAAUGCCUCCACCACAGAGCCCAACAGCACUGUGGAGCAGUCGGCUCUCACACGAGACAGAGUGGAAGACCUGAUGUUGGAGCGCGAGUCCCAGUUCAGGGAAAAGCAAGAGGAGCAGGCACGCCUCCUGGAUGAACUGGCUGGCAAACUGCAAAGUCUAGACCUUUCUGCUGCUGCGGAGAUGACCUGCGGAACGCCUCCAGGGGCUGACUGUUCUGAGACUGAAUGUGGUGGCCCCAACUGCAGAACUGAUGAAGGACAGAAGAAAUGUGGGGGACCUGGCUGUGGUGGUCUGGUCACUGUAGCCCACAGUGCCUGGCAGAAAGCCAUGGAUUUUGACCGAGAUGUCCUCAGUGCCUUGGCUGAGGUGGAACAGCUCUCCAAAAUGGUGUCUGAAGCAAAGCUGAGAGCAGAUGAGGCAAAACAAAAUGCUCAGGAUGUUCUGUUGAGGACAAAUGCUACCAAAGAGAAGGUGGACAAGAGCAACGAGGACCUGAGAAAUCUCAUCAAGCAAAUCAGAAACUUUCUGACCCAGGACGGUGCUGAUCUCAACAGCAUCGAGGCAGUUGCUAAUGAAGUACUGAAAAUGGAAAUGCCGAGCACCCCCCAGCAGCUACAGAACCUGACAGAAGACAUCCGCGAGCGAGUGGAAAGUCUCUCCCAAGUAGAGGUUAUUCUGCAGCAGAGUGCUGCAGACAUCACCAGAGCAGAGCUGCUGCUGGAAGAAGCUAAGAGAGCCAGCAAAAGCGCAACAGACGUGAGGGUCACUGCAGACAUGGUGAAGGACGCUCUGGAAGAAGCAGAAAAGGCCCAGAUUGCAGCAGAGAAGGCAAUUAAACAGGCAGAUGAAGACAUUCAAGGAACCCAAAACCUACUAACUUCAAUUGAAUCUGAAACGGCAGCUUCUGAGGAAACCUUGACCAACGCUUCCCAGCGCAUCAGCACCCUGGAGAGGAAUGUGGAAGAACUUAAGCGGAAGGCGGCCCAGAACUCCGGGGAGGCGGAAUACAUUGAAAAAGUAGUGUAUGCCGCAAAACAAAACGCAGACGACGUCAAGAAGGCUCUGGAUGGUGAACUUGAUGAGAAGUACAAGAAAGUAGAAAACUUAAUCGCCAAAAAAACUGAAGAGUCAGCAGAUGCCAGGAGGAGAGCUGCACUGCUUCAGCGUGAGGCGGAAACCCUGCUGGCGCAGGCAAGCAGCCAGCUGCGGCUGCUGGAAGACUUGGAAAGAAAAUAUGAGGACAAUCAAAACUACCUAGAAGGCAAAGCUCAAGAGCUGGUGAGACUGGAAGGAGAGGUCCGCUCGCUGCUUAAGGAUAUCAGCCAGAAAGUUGCCAUUUACAGCACCUGCUUGUGACAGCCAAGGUGACCAAAACAGUGAUAGAGGAAGACACCAACAUCGUCCUUGUACAUGUGCCAAAAAUAAAAGAAGCCCUUCAGCACCAUAGGGCCAGGCUCACUGCUAGGUGGGCUUCAAUGACUCGGCCAGUGGACGGAAACUGGUCAUGGAGCAUCACUGCUCAAGCGUGCAGCAGACACAAGUGCACAAGUGAAGACUCAGCCACAUGGCGGUAAGGACGAACGCAUCCAGCAGCAGGCUCGGGAGAUGACUCAGGACACAGCUUGCUGCAACCCCCUCCCCCCCCCAACAAUGAACAAGGUGGAAAGCAAAGACUAACCACACCAUCAUCCUCUCACUGCCACACUGGGACAUAAAGAAGACACAGGCCUGGCCCUUAUGUUUUUGUAGUUAACAAUGUAGCUGAAUCGGGCUGACAGCCCAGCUAAUCUUCCCCAUCCCCAAAUCCCGCCCCACAGUCUUAGACUUCACCACCCACAUGCUAUACACAGCUGCAAAUAAAGCAUGGCCUGGACAAUAGUUAUGUAAAGAGCUAUAAUUUAGAUAAGGCAGUUUCCAUCUGGAAUCAAUUGUUUGACACUUUUCACAGUAACUCAACACUUUUACUUUGUCAUCUAUUAGAACAUUUUUCUUAAAAUACCGUUUCUACUCUCCAUGUCUCUUCAGCUAAAUAAGCAAAAGAUUUCACUUUCCAAAUACUAAUUGUAGCUCGAGCUGGAAAAUUACCAUAAGCUCACUCUUCAUAAACCCUCAAAAUACCCAGCUUAGUAAAUAACAGUAAGUGGACAUUAAACCUUCUUUUAUUCCUUGGACUUUAUUCCCCACCCAGAUGUACCUACAUUCUCAGACUGAAUAAAAAUGCUUCCAUUAGACCUAACUAUUGGGUAUCGAUAUAGCUAGGAUUUCAUAUUAAGCAUUUCCCUGAGAGUAGGGCACAUUUGAGGCUUAAAUAAGCAGGUACUUAACAGGUUCACUUUCACAUAGUAUACCAGGCAUCUUGCUACUAACUGAGAAGUGAACAAAAUACACUUGAAAAUAUGCAAAGGCACCAGACAGCCAGCACAAGGAAGCCUACCUCGCCUCAAGAGAACAGGACGGACAGAAUGUCAUUUUUAACAAGUUUUCACUUGAGAGGAAAAUAAAAAGCCAAGGAAACUUUCAGGCAAAUACAAUAGCUUAGAAUAUGAAAAAUUUCAGAAACUGUCCAGUUUAGGGGAAACAGAAGGCAGAGAGAAGAAAUUUUAGUUACUUCUAGUCAACAAAGUUUGAAGUCCAGCUAAUUUAACUGCCUGAUUAGAGAAGAGGAAAAAAAAAAAACAGCAUUUUUAGAAGUGAAGGUGAAUCUGGUCUUCACACUCUAAGGUCAUGACAUGAUCCCCAAACUACUAAGAUAGUGUAAUCAAAACCUAAAUAAUAAACUUUGUCCUGUUAGCCAUGAUCAAUAGAUAGAAUCUUAUUCCAGACAGAUUACAAUGUUCAAUCUUUCCUUAAAACUAACCUUUAGUUGAACAUGGUGGCUCACACUUUUAAUCCUAACCCUCAGGAUGUUGAGGUAAGAUGAUCAGAGUUCCAGGUCAGUGGGGGCUAGAAUAAGAUCCCUGCUUCAAAAGAAAAAAACAAAAAUAAACCAUAACCUUUAAACUACCA